GCACCGGGAAAGUGAACCUUACCAGCUGGCACCACGACAAAGGCUGGGCUAACGUGCUGAACAUGACCUUCAGCGAUGGGAGGCUGAUAGCCAAUCACGACGGCUUUUACUACCUGUACGCCAACGUGUGUUUCCGGCACCACGAAACGUUGGGCAACUUGACUGGCCAGGCGCUGCAGCUGAUGGUGUACGUGAUCAAGACGGACGCCAGGCGGCGGAACUCGGUCGUCCUGAUGAAAGGCGGGAGUACCAAGAAUUGGUCGGGCGAAUCCGAGUUUCAUUUUUUCUCGGUCAACGUCGGCGGGUUCUUCAAACUGAAGUCGGGAGAGGUGGUGAACAUCCAGGUCUCCUACCCUUCCUUGUUGGACCACUCCCCAGAAGGGACUUAUUUUGGCGCCUUUAAAAUAAGAGAUAUUGAUUGAAUAUUGAUUUUCUUUCGUUUUUCAGUUGGGAAAAAAUGUGGUAUUUAUUCAACUGGGUUGAGAUGAAUUGGAGGAUGGGGGGGGGGGUUCUGGCUCAUAGGGGGGGGGUACAGCUGUAUGCCGGUAGCCCUCGACUUACAACCGCCGUUGAGCCCAACGCUUCGGUUGCUAAGAGAGACAGUUGUUAAGUGAGCUUUGCCCCGUUUUUUGACUUCUCUCCCCACUUUUGUUAAGGGAA